GCUUGAGACCGGGAGGCUGGAGCUAGCGUGCAGUACGGUCCGCCAGCAGAGACUGCGCCGCGGUAGAAAGGAAAGAAGGACAACAAAACUGUCAUCGGCUGCCAUCAAGAAAGCAUCUUUAAUCCCGUCACCUGCUGCGCAGGGCAGUCGCCGCCACCUCCAGAGCAACAAUGGUUAAGGCUCACCCUAUGCGCCACCGGUCAAUGCGCGUCUUCCUGAACGACGACCGCCACGUCAUGGCCAAGCACUCGGCCAUCUACCCGACCCAGGAGGAGCUGGAGAGCGUCCAGAACAUGGUGUCUCACACAGAGCGAGCGCUCAAGGCCGUCUCCGACUGGCUGGACAAACAGGAGAAGGGGACGAGCAAGGCGGACUCGGACAGCGCCGAGACCGACAAAGAGAGUGAGCACAGAGACCAGGCUGCUCGCUCCCUGCGCGGCGUCAUGAGGGUCGGCCUGGUGGCCAAAGGCCUGCUGCUGAAGGGCGACCUGGACCUGGAGCUGGUGCUCCUCUGCAAGGACAAGCCCACCAUCUCCCUGCUGAAGAAAGUGUGUGACAACCUGGUCACACAGCUCAAGUCGAUCACGGACGACAGCUACGUGGUGACGCAGAACGUCGGUGAGGCCAGCAUCGACAUCAAGAACACCAAGGAGCCCCCCCUCACCCUCACCAUCCACCUGGCCUCCCCCCUCGUGCGCGAGGAGCUGGAGCGGGCGGCAGCCGGAGAAACGCUUUCAGUCAACGAUCCCCCGGAUGUUCUGGACAGGCAGAAAUGCCUAACUGCCUUGGCAUCUCUCCGCCACGCUAAGUGGUUCCAGGCCCGAGCCAAUGGGCUGCGCUCCUGCGUCAUCGUCAUCCGGAUCCUGAGGGACCUGUGCGCCCGCGUCCCCACAUGGGCCCCGCUCCGUGGCUGGCCGCUGGAGCUGAUCUGUGAGAAAGCCAUCGGCACGGGGAACCGGCCCAUGGGGGCAGGAGAAGCUCUGCGGAGAGUUCUGGAGUGCCUGGCUUCAGGGAUCCUCAUGGCAGACGGCGCCGGGAUCUCCGACCCCUGUGAGAAGGAGCCCACGGACGCCAUCGGCCACCUGGACCAGCAGCAGCGGGAGGACAUCACGGCCAGCGCGCAACAUGCCUUAAGGCUGUCGGCCUUCGGACAGCUUCACAAAGUGCUGGGAAUGGACCCCCUCCCCUCCAAGAUUCCCAAGAAGCCUCGGAAUGAGGCUCCCAUCGACUACACAGUUCAAAUCCCUCCCAGCACGGCGUACGCCCCGCCCAUGAAACGGCCCAUCGAGGAAGAGGAGGGGCCGGACGACAAGAGCCCCAAUAAAAAGAAGAAAAAGCUGCAGAAGAAGUCCACAGACGAGAAGGCGGAGCCUCCCCAGACGAUGAACGCCUUGAUGAGGCUCAACCAGCUGAAGCCGGGACUGCAGUACGAGCUGAUCUCCCAGACGGGCCCCGUGCACGUGCCCGUCUUCACCAUGGCCGUGGAGGUGGACGGGAAGACCUUCAAGGCCUCUGGUCCCUCCAAACGCACUGCCAAGCUGCAUGUAGCUGUGAAAGUCCUGCACGACAUGGGCCUGCCCACCGUGGUGGAAUCCAAGACCGAGCCGCCUAAAGUGGAGGAGGCGGUCGUAGCAGCAGCCGCCGUGGAGGAGGUGAAGCCGGCGGCUAUGCCCGUGGAGACCGCCGCUCCCGCCCCGGCGGCCGCCGCCAGCACAGACGGCAACGAGGCCGGAGAGACCGCCCGCCAGCAGGGACCCAUCCUGACCAAACACGGCAAGAACCCGGUGAUGGAGCUGAACGAGAAGCGCCGCGGCCUCAAGUACGAGCUCAUCUCCGAGACCGGCGGCAGCCACGACAAGCGCUUCGUCAUGGAGGUGGAGAUCGACGGCCAGAAGUUUCAGGGCACCGGCUCCAACAAGAAGGUGGCCAAGGCCUACGCCGCGCUGGCCGCCCUGGAGAGGCUCUACCCCGAGGGCGCCGCCACCGAGGCGGCCAAGAAGAAGAAGGGCCCGCCCAUGCAUCCUGCAGGGUUCGGUAUGAUGGGCGCGUCCGGCGGAGGAGAUCAAGUCGCGCCCAGAGGACGAGGGAGAGGAGGCCGAGGUCGCGGCCGGGGGCGGGGCUUCAACAACGGAGGCGGCUACGGCCAAGGAGGUGGCUUUGGAUCAUACGGUUAUGGGAACAACGCCAACUCUGGUUACAGUUACUACAACAACGGCGGGACGAACGGGGGAGCCGGGGCGUCCAGCAGCCCGUCGGGCGUGGCCGGCCCGGCCGCCGGCGCCGCUCAGGGCUCCUACGGCUCAUACUACCAGAGCGACCAGAGCUACGCCGCCGCCUCGGCCAGCAAGCCCCCCAAGAAGAAGGCCCCCAUGCACAAGGGGGGCAAGGGGAACUUUCCGGGGGCAAACAGCGGGCCCGCCGGGGGCUACCAGUCCAGCAGCCCCACGGGCCAGGGCUCCUACGGCCAGUACGGCCAGGGCUACGGCCAGGGCAAGAAGAGCUUCGGCCAGGGCGGCGCCGGCGGAUACUCGUACAGCACGGCCUACCCCAGCCAGGUGACCGGAGGCGCCGGAGGGAACCAGAGCUACAGCUACGAAGGUUUCAGCAGCCAGUCCAGCUACGGCUCGCAGGGCGUCGGCGGCCAGGGCUUCGGCGCCAACCACUCUCAGUACCACAACCCGGUGGGCUACGGCCGGGGGGACAGCAGCAUGAGCUACCAGUACAGAUAGGCUGAACCUGACCCCCCUCCAGAGACGGUGACCCGCGGCUCCGGCCGCCCCCUCUGCCUUUCUCCAUGUUGGCUUCUUCUGUGCUUUUGGGUUUCUAUGUAGCAACGUGGGCACAAAGCGAGACGCGUGGACGUUUCUCCGGCCGGAGCCGAGUUUGGUGGUCUGUUUCAGUGGUCUGCUCAGUGUCGUCUGUGUUCGGACUUCCUGGUUCUUUUAGUUUAAUCAAUGCUGCCAGUCCUCAUUCUCAUCAGACUCGGGUGUGAGUCAAACUUUUGUGGUAAAGUUUUUUUUUUUUCUCUUCUUUUUAUUUCUUUCUUCCCAAAGUGGAGUUAGUGAAAUGUUGUAGUUCAAACUACAAAGACUGUUGUACCUUUUAUAACAAUUAAACGGAAUUGUUCAGUUCCUCGAUGCUUGUAAUUUUUGGCUUAUUUUGUAAUUUUACCUCACGUGAUGUAGUUCUUUUAAUAAAUGUUUUUGGAGAUUACUGGAAAGUGCUCUUGCAUUCUGAUGUCACACACUCAUUUCUGCUGGAUGUAGCUUUCUGGGUCGGGUGGGAGGUGUUCCUGGUCAUGUGUAACGAUGUGUGUUUGUAUUAAUAAAGGAUUUUUUAUUUU